AUGGCUGAUAAUCCCCUUCUAGUGUGGUUAAGCGGUCGUGACGACUAUCUGGCAGAAAUGCUUCGGAUGGAUGGCCGAGGGGACUAUACUUCGGAUACUUGCUGCCAAUGUGGCUCUGAUCCCGCCCUGUUCCGAUGUGACAACUGUUGUGACAUGCAGCUAUACUGCGGAGACUGCACUGUCUACAACCAUUUGCAGUGUCCCACUCAUUGCAUCAAGGAGUGGACGGGGUCAUUUUUCAUAACUACAUCACUCAAGAAGCUCAGUCUGAGGAUCCAGCUGGGGCACACGACUGGCGAAAGCUGUAUCCUGCCUUGCAAGUCAUUCAAUGACAACUUCAUCCUCGUUGAUACAAACGGAAUACACGAGAUGGUGGUUGACUUCUGUGGCUGUGAAACCUCCCAGACUCAUACCAAACAGCUCUUGCGCAUGGGUUGGUUUCCCUCAACAACUGUGGAUCCAAGGACAGUGGCAACCUUCCGACUAUUACACCAUUACCAGAUUUUGUCUUUUGAGUCCAAGGCAUCCGCAUAUGAAUUCUAUCACUCGCUCGUCCAUAUAUCUAACAAUGUUGGUUUGAUUAAGAAGGACCGCUAUGAAUCCUUCAUGUAUAUGGUUCGUGAGUGGCGACACCUAAAAAUGUUGAAACAUUUUGGCCGUGGUCAUGAUCCAGUCGGUGUGAGUGGUACCAAAGAGGGCGAAUGUGCCGUCCUCUGUCCAGCUUGCCCACAGCCUGGCAAGAAUCUACCCCCUGACUGGAAAGAAGCGCCAAAAGCCAAGCAAUGGCUUUAUUCGUUGUUCGUAGCUAUUGACGCCAAUUUUUGCUUGAAGAGACGGAAUAUUUCCAACGAUGAAGUGGACCCAAGUCUCUCAGAGGGAUGGUCAUACUUUGUAGAAGAGAAGAAGUUCAAGUCGCACCUCAAGGAGCAUUUGUCCGAGACACAGGAGAAAAGUUCCUGCUCGAACCAUAAUGCCGUGAAUAUGGCUGAGACAAAGCUAUCACAGGGCCUUGCAGCUACUGGACGCCCAAAUGGUGUCGGGGACCUACAAAAAGGGGAAAAGUACAUUAACAUGGACUACCUUUUUUUCUCCACACUCCGCAACAGCCGUCUCAACAUUCUGAACGUGUCAUAUGACAUUGCAUGUCAAUGGCACAAGAAUCUAUGGAGUCGCAUGAAGUCACUAUCUGAAUCAUACCAUAUAUCUUAUUUGUGUAUUUUUAUUCAGUUCUUCGUCCCCAAGUUCCACCUUCUGGCACACGUCAACAAGUGUCAGACAUUGUUCUCUUUCAAUUUCGCGCGUUUUGUGAGCCGUACAGAUGGGGAGGCGCCCAAAUGUGGCUGGUCCAAUAUAAAUCCGGUCGCAUCAAGCACGAAAGCAAUGGGACCUGGCUGUCGUAGGGACACAUUAGACAAUCAUUUCAGGGAUUGGAACUGGAAAAAAGUUGUCGGCUUAGGCACAUCUCUCGCCUAUAAAAUGCAGGAAGCUGUCAUUGAGAAGGCUGAUCACGAGGCUGCAUUCCAGGAGUUCAAUGCUGCGAUUUCCCCUGACCACAGGUCAGCAUGGACAGUCGAGAUGGAGAAAUGGGAGGAAACCCCAAAUGACACGUCACUCACUAACCCCCUCGAGUGCAAGUCGAUCCAUAAGUUUUCUGCAGCCCGUCUAAAACUUGCGCAGAUGGAAGCUGAAGAACUCGCUCACGGAAUUGACCUAUCUCUGCACCCCGACAUCUCACCAAGUGUUCUUAUCGCGUCAGGAUUAGACCUCAAGGAGGAGCAACGUCGUGUGAGAGCAGUAUCCGAAGAGAUGGGUCUCCACGUUUCUGAUACGCAGAAGGGCACACUCACACGAAUGAGGAAUGUCCUGCAUCUGCAGAUUCUCACCACUACUGUGGUUCCUGACCCUUGUCAGCCAUUUGAGAGUGCUGAGGACAUCCGCCUAUGGUUACCGUCUAAUCUGAAAGGCAAACCAUGUGAUUCCCGACUUCGAGAUCAUGAAUGGGAUUUGCGGUAUGCACAGGCCCACGAUGCACUCGAAGAGCUUCGACAGUGCCUUCGCGUGCACUGCUCUAUGCUUACGUUCAAGCGGGAGUGGGUUCGUGGUCAAGGCGCCAACACCCGUGCUCAGAAUGCACUUGCUCGUGUCCACGUGCGGCAGGUGGCAUGCACGAAGAGAUACAGAGUUGCGUGGGAGGCACUGAAGACCUUGGCACCCCUCUUGAAGAAGGUGGGAUGGCGAGGACGCCUGCAAGACCUGAAGGACGAAGACAUGAAACCAUUAGUGGACCCUUUCAGCAGAGAGACUGAAGGUUGCCGUCGCCUGACGUGGAUCUGGAUGAUGACGGGUGUGGAUACAGGUAGCGAUGGAGGUGACGUGGAUGGAGUUCACGUGGAAUGGUGCAAGUCCCGAGCAAGAGCAAUGUGCUGGGCGGAGGAGAUAGAAUUGUUACAGGAGGAGAUUAUGAGCACAUUUGGCUGGGUGGAUGGUAUCUUUGUCUCUGUUCCGCCAUCUUCGCCCGAGGACCCUUCGGGAAUGAAAGGGCAGCCGCUGUUGAUACUUGUACGCACGAAGAAUGAUGUCCUGUGGUCAUCCACGCUCAAAAUUCAACUCUGGACUUUGAGUCCAAUGAUCACGUCCAAUGACACCGCUGUCGACAGGCCGCAUUACAAUUUCCCUCCUUCUAUGACCACCGAAAUCAUCACCCCACGUCGGGGGGCCCUACGAUGCACCGGCAUGGUGCCUGGUCCAUACGGGACUGCGGUCUGGGUGCAGUCAGGAGAUUAUUCGGUUGCCGGCCUAAUAUCUUCGAACGUUCCCGGAAACACAUGCCUAUCCCGCAAUCUCACGAUACACUUGUAG